AAACUCGGUCAAUCAACGGGAUUUUAGUUUUCACAAUUUUACGCGUCGUAGUGUUCUAGUCAUCGCUCCACGUCCUGUCCACGGUGGCUACUACGGACAUUCGUUAUCGAAACGACCAUACGAAAGAUAUAUAAAAAUAUCGACUCGUUAAUAGACAUUAUAUUGUGUGUCUAGUCAACGUCGAACGUUUCUUCCGCUCUCUGUUUUGGUUGUUACUCUUUUUCCCGUUUUAAAUGUUUACUACGCACUAAUAAAACGGUCGGUGGCGGUGAAUACAACGCAUCAACAGCAGCUGUGCUGUAUAAUAAGUAACAGUGGUCUAUCGUUUGGUGGAUGUUUCGGUCUUCUGGAUAAUAGAGAUACGCCCGCCCUUGCACAAUGGCCGAGAAAAGAAAAGGCAAACGACGACGAGAUGAGGAGUACAACUUGGAUCCUGAGGCCUCGGCUGACAAACCCAGCAAGACUGAGUAUUCUGUGGCCGCCUGGUUACGCAAGCACGUUCCGCACAAGAAGACCAAAUUUGCGGGCCACAAUGUCGAGUACUUCACAGGUAGCAAAGCUGUCGACAGUUUAUUGGAAUCAAAAUGGGCAACCAGCGAGAAGUUAUUCACUACUAGACAGGAGAUUGAAACGUUUUUGGACUUAAUGUUAAAGCAUCAAUUUUAUCACCGUGCUAAGAAAGUACCAAUAUCUGAUCAGGAAUUAAAAGCUAUGAAAAAUAAGAAAUCCAAAAAAUUAAAUGAUACUGAUAAAGAUGAGAAGAAGAAAACAGAUAAAAAGAAAAAAGAUAAAAAAGAUGAUGAAAGCGAAGAAACUAGUAAAGAUGACAAAAUCGAUGAUGAUAAAAUCAAAUCCACUGAAAUUGAACGGAAAAAAAAAAGUCGAAAAAUACGUUUAGAAAUGCAUAUGGAACAAUCAUUUGUUGAUAAUUUGGAUGCGUAUGUUUGGAUUUAUGAUCCUAUUCCAUUUUAUUAUUGGGUUAUUGGAACAUUCAUUGUAUUUGGUGGAAUUGGAAUUUGUUUAUUUCCAUUAUGGCCACCUCAAGUGAGAAUGGGUGUGCAGUACUUAAGUAUAGCAGCGGCAGGAUUUCUGAUUUUCAUUAUUGUUUUGGCCAUUCUUAGAUUAGUCUUAUUCAGUUUACUUUGGAUAUUGACUACAGGCAAAUUACAUUUUUGGCUAUUCCCUAAUUUGACAGAAGAUGUAGGGUUCUUUGCUUCAUUUUGGCCCAUUUAUACAUAUAGUGUAUUCUAUAAAAAAAGUGCUAAAAAGGGAAAGAAAAAAAAGGAGAAAUUAUCAGAUGACGAGGAUGAAGACGAUAAGAAACUGGAUGAUUGUGAUGAAGAAAAAAAGUCUUCAGAAUCCGAAAUCGACGAAAAGGUUCCUGAAACUGAAACAUUUGAACAUGACAACACUUUAUUAGAUUCAGAAUCUGGGAAAUUUGAAAAUCCAAAAUGUUCUGAAGAUUCUUCUUCAACUGAUACAGAAACAAGUAGCCAGCAAUCGCACAGUGCUAAUGAUUUUGUCAUGGUGGAAAAACAAGAUGCCCAAGACACAUAAUAAUAAGUAAUUAUCUAUAAAGUUUGUACUUCAUUAUGUUAACAUUUUAAAUUAAUUCGUUGUUGUUGUUUUUUUUUUUAUUAUUAUUAUUUUC